AUGAACAAAAUUCUCUCCCUCUACACCCCCGUUCAAGCCUACGCACGACCUCACCAGCUAAAGGACUUGGUCUUUGGCCUUGGUGAAGGUCUCCGGCUGUGGUAUCAGUCCCUACCAAUGGAGAGGCAGUUCCCUCGUGACAUAAUGACUUUCACUCUUCAUAGUGCUUCCUUCCAAUUGGACAAUGCUCAUAGAGAUCUAGCCCUCCGAUACUUUGCCUGCGUUUUCUUCCUGCACAGACCAGUUCUGUACUUCUUUCUUCAUAAAGACAUGGAAGAUGCCAUCCAGCCACCCCCUGUUGACGGCGCAGCAUCUGAUCAUAGUCCAUGGGUGUGGGAGUCUUGUCGCGAUUGCAUCGAAAGCGCUGUCUUGAUUAUCCAGAUUUGUCAACGACGAGGCGCGGCAAAUCCCUACGACACGCUGCAGUACUGGCCUGAGUACCAGCUCUUGUUUGCAUCGUAUUUGAUCCUGUUGCAGGCGCGAACGCGACCAUCCCUGGAGCCGUAUCUGAGGAUUCUGGGUAAUAUAGACAUGUUGCUGGACAUGGUGGAGGAGGUUUUCAGAACCAAGACCUACCAGGAACCCUUGAUCCAGAAAAGCCUCCUGCUCUUGGUAGAUGCGCGACACAAUCUGGAUAACUCGUCCCAAACAUAG